AUGCAACUCAUCGCAUCCCUCAUCGCGGCUGCAGCGCUUGCCUCCAAUGUCGUCGCUCAUCCAGGACAUGACAUCCAGGAGGAGAUCGCAGAGCGUGCUGCUUUUAUGCAAUUCGCCAAGAAGGAUCUCAGUCAUUGCGCUGCUAAACUGAAGGCGCGCGGCAUGGACAAGUCCAACGUUGCUCGCCGGGCUGCGCUGGCCAGGAAUGCUCGCAAGAAGCGUUCCAUUCAAGAGGAUGCCCCCUACAUGAGAGCCCGAGAUUUGACUUCUGUCCUCGCCACAUCGCAUCUGUCCAGCGAGGCUUACGACAACUCAACCGAGGCGUCUAUCCUCUUCUCCGGCAACAGCUCUUGUAUCCUCUCUCCUGAGGUGACUCAAGGCCCUUACUACGUGGCCGGUGAAUACGUCCGCAAAGACAUCACCGAAGACCAAGAGGGCAUCGACCUCCUCCUCGAUACCCAGGUUAUCGAUGUCAAGACAUGUGAUCCCGUUCCUGAUGCGAUGAUCGAGAUCUGGCACUGCAAUGCCACCGGUGUCUACUCUGGGGUCGUCGCCAACGGUAACGGUGACUCGAGCGAUCUGACCAACCUCAACGCCACUUUCCUCCGUGGUCUACAACCUACCGACGCUGAAGGCGUGGCCCAGUUCGCUACUCUCUUCCCCGGGCAUUACACUAGUCGCGCCACCCACAUCCACGUCCUCGCUCACUUCAACGGCACCCAAUAUGCAAACGGGACCUAUUCCGGCGGUUACGUCUCCCACGUCGGCCAGCUCUUCUUCGAUCAAGACCUCAUCACGCAAGCCGACACCAUCGCCCCCUACUCAUCCAACACCCAAGCCGUCACGCUGAACUCGGCCGACCAGAUCCUCAGCGAGGAAGCAGCCACCACCGACCCGGUCGUCGAGUACUCGCUCCUCGGCAGCUCCAUCGCGGAUGGCAUCUUCGGAUGGGUCGCUUUCGGCAUCGAUCUGACCAGCGAGCAGAGCAUCUCGGCCGCGGCAAACCUGUACGCCGAGGGUGGCGUCGCAUCCACCUCCUCCGGUGGCAUGGGCGGUGGGGCUCCUGGCAACGGCACUGGCGGGCCCCCGAGCGGAUCUCCUCCGGGAAUGAACUCUGCGGCCUUGGCCAACAGCACGUCGAACACCGUCUCCUCCUCCUCGGUUGCGGCUUCGGCUGCGGCGACAGGACCUGCGGAGAAGUCGGAUGGUGCGUGUGAUGCUUAA